GUCGGUGCGGCAGUAUCGCAUUCACUCAUGAGAUCGGAGGUCCGCGUCUCUUUUACUCAUGCGUGGAUUUCCACCGCGUUACACACGGAGACUCCCGCGCUCGUGACGGCCAUGCCGUGAAGCUGGAUGUGGUGGUGAUGAUGAUGAUGAUGAUGGUCAUGGUGAUGAGGAGCGGAGAUCUCCUCCGGUUACCGGGGCUCGUGAUCAGGCUGACGCUGCUGAUGUUUGCCGCGGGUUCGAGCGGGAUGCCGCACGUGCUUAGAUUCGGAGGGAUCUUUGAGUCGAUCGAGAGCGGCCCCUCAGGUCCUGAAGAAUUGGCCUUUAAAUUUGCACUGAACACCAUCAACAGAAACCGUACUCUUCUGCCCAACACCACGCUCACAUACGACAUCCAGAGAAUCAACGCCUUCGACAGUUUCGAGGCUUCAAGGAAAGCCUGUGAGCAGCUCUCUCUGGGCGUGGCAGCGAUCUUUGGCCCCUCCCACAGCUCAUCAGCCAAUGCGGUGCAGUCUAUAUCUAACGCCCUGGGCGUCCCUCACAUUCAGACCCGCUGGAAACAUCAGGUGUCUGAUAACAGAGACUCAUAUUAUGUCAGUUUGUAUCCGGAUUUCUCCUCUCUGAGUCGGGCCAUACUGGACCUGGUUCAUUUCUUCAGAUGGAAGAUGGUCACGGUGGUCUAUGACGACAGCACCGGUCUCAUCCGUCUGCAGGAGCUCAUUAAAGCUCCGUCUCGAUACAACAUCCGGCUGAAGAUCAGACAGCUCGCCGCAGACACCAAGGACGCCAAACCGCUUCUGAAAGAGAUGAAGAAGGCCAAAGAGUUUCACGUCAUCUUCGACUGUAGCCAUGAGAUGGCCGCCUGGAUCCUCAAACAGGCUCUUUCUAUGGGAAUGGUGACAGAAUAUUACCAUUACAUCUUUACCACACUGGAUCUGUUUGCGUUGGAUAUGGAACCGUAUCGGUUCAGUGGUGUAAAUAUGACUGGAUUCAGGAUUCUGAACACAGAGAGUCAGCAGGUGUCCUCCAUCAUUGAGAAAUGGUCCAUGGAGCGACUGCAGGCACCUCCCAAACCUGACUCAGGCCUGCUGGACGGCUUCAUGACGACGGACGCAGCUCUGAUGUAUGAUGCUGUUCAUGUUGUGGCUGUGGCCGUCCAGCAGUCGCCUCAGAUCACCGUCAGCUCUCUGCAGUGUAACAGACACAAACCUUGGCGCUUCGGAGGAAGAUUUAUCAGUCUCAUUAAAGAGGCUUCAUGGGAUGGACUGACAGGUCGAAUUCUCUUCAACAGAACCAACGGCCUGAGAACUGACUUUGACUUGGACGUCAUCAGUCUCAAAGAGAACGGACUGGAGAAGAUCGGCACAUGGGAUCCUCCUCGUGGACUGAACAUGACAGAAAACCACAAGAGUAAAAUGACCAACAUCACGGACUCGCUGUCCAACAAAUCAUUGCGUGUGUCCACCAUACUGGAGGAGCCGUAUGUUAUGUUUAAGAAAUCAGACAAACCUCUUUACGGUAAUGAUCGUUUCGAGGGAUUCUGCGUGGACCUGCUGCGAGAACUCUCUGGAAUCCUGGGCUUCCGGUACGAGAUCCGACUGGUGGAGGACGGGAAGUACGGAGUGUUCGAGGAGAGCGCGGGCCAGUGGAACGGCAUGGUCCGCGAGCUGAUGGAUCACAAAGCAGAUCUGGCUGUGGCUCCGCUCACCAUCACGUAUGUCCGAGAGAAGGUGAUUGACUUCUCCAAGCCCUUCAUGACCCUGGGCAUCAGCAUCCUGUACCGUAAACCCAACGGCACCAACCCCGGAGUCUUCUCCUUCCUCAACCCUCUCUCUCCUGACAUCUGGAUGUAUAUUCUGCUGGCUUGUUUGGGUGUCAGUUGUGUGCUGUUUGUCAUAGCCAGAUUCAGUCCGUACGAGUGGUAUAAUCCUCAUCCGUGUAAUCCAGACUCGGACGUGGUGGAGAAUAACUUCACACUGCUCAACAGUUUCUGGUUUGGUGUUGGAGCUCUCAUGAGACAGGGAUCUGAGCUCAUGCCUAAAGCUCUGUCCACGAGGAUUGUGGGAGGAAUCUGGUGGUUUUUCACCCUCAUCAUUAUUUCAUCUUACACUGCCAAUCUGGCGGCAUUCCUGACGGUGGAGCGGAUGGAGUCGCCCAUCGAUUCUGCCGACGAUCUGGCCAAACAGACCAAGAUUCUGUAUGGCGUGGUGGAGGAUGGCGCCACCAUGACUUUCUUUAAGAAAACAAAGAUCUCCACGUACGAUAAGAUGUGGGAGUUCAUGAACAGCCGUCGACAGUCUGUGAUGGUGAAGAGCGUGGAGGAAGGAAUCCAGCGAGUCCUAACGUCAGAUUACGCUUUCCUGAUGGAGUCCACGGCCAUCGAGUUUGUCACCCAGCGUAACUGUAACCUCACACAGAUCGGAGGACUCGUCGACUCUAAAGCUUACGGCGUCGGGAUGCCCAUGGGUUCUCCGUACCGAGACAAGAUCACCAUCUCCAUCCUGCAGUUACAGGAGGAGGGGAAGCUUCACAUGAUGAAGGAGAAGUGGUGGAGAGGGAAUGGCUGUCCGGAGGAGGAUAAUAAAGAGGCGAGUGCACUCGGUGUGCAGAACAUAGGUGGGAUCUUCAUCGUUCUGGCCGCCGGUCUGGUGCUGUCUGUGUUUGUGGCCUUCGGGGAGGUUCUGUAUAAAUCCAAACAGAAUGCACAGAUAGAGAAGCGGUCGUUCUGCAGUGCGAUGGUGGAGGAGCUCAGGGUGUCUCUGAAGUGCCAGCGGAGACGGAAACAGAAAGUCCAGACGCCGGCCAUCGUGAAAACAGAAGAGGUUAUAAACAUGCAUACCUUUAAUGACAGGAGACUCCCGGGGAAAGAGACCAUGGCGUGAGCGCCGGGACAUAUCCCAUAAUGCCUCUGAAUCCUGUACUCCUGUAACUCUCGUCCGGCUGACGGACACAAAGAUGUUUCCUGUGGAAAUCCGGAUAGCUUCAGAACACACAAAACACCAGUCCUGAAGCGCAGAGACACACGGUCCAGAAUGAAACGCUUGUGUCUCUAUCUGACUGCACCUUUUCAUUUGACAUCGCUUUGUUUUUCAGUGAAAGGCGUAAAGUAAAUGUUUGAAAUGUGGAAACUGGAUCUGAUACCCAAAUAUCUGCAGGUAUUGUAAAGUUCACAUCAUUCAGAGUCAAGAUGGCUUGCUGGUUUAGAGAUGAUGUCAAACACUUCUGAUACACCCAUUUCUAGUUUCUGAAGCAAUUCUUCAUUACACUGAACCAUUCAGCUCUGAAAUAAACCACAACACUUUGAUUUGAAGAAAAAUACUUGACAAAAAUAAAAAAUCUGUCUUUAUAAGACAAAGAUUGGCUCGAGGCAUGAAGCAUUCACACGACGUCACUGAAUAAAAACCAACAAGAAAUAUUCAAUAUUGACAACAAGUAUUAAAACGAUUGUCAAGGUUCACAUAAAAUAAUACUAUGAAAAAUCACUGUCUCUAUGGAGGAUAUAAUUUGGAUUUUAAUUUCUGAAAUCCUGAUCCUAUUAUGGUGUCUCGCAGAAAUAAAAUUAAAAAUAGGCCAAACGAAACACAUCCACUGACAAAAGCUCUUCUUUCUGUUAUAGCAGAAGAUCAACAAAACUCUCACUCCUGCAUUACAUUUACACAAUAAAUAACUCACAGAAAGACCAUGAUCUGGACAUCAUCAGCAUCUCAAAACUCUCACAUUUUAAAGGUCACAUCCAUCGGUUCAGAAGUCUCAUCUGAUUGUGUGAUUUUAAUGAGAAGUGAAGAAAAGUGUUUAGCCGCAAUCUGUAGUUAUUCUUCUUUUACAGAAAGUCAUGUGUACAAACUCAAAUGUUUCUGUUAAUGCCCGGAUGAACAUUUAAACCACUCAAGCCAAAGUCGUUCUGUCAUUUAGGGAAACUUCAACUUUUCUAGAAAGUCUUUCUACUAGAGUCCAUUGCGUCUGUCACAGGCAACCCAACUUUGUUUGUCAUUCAACAGAUUUAUAAAGAGGAAAAAAAGCAGCUUUUGUACAGAUUUUGUAGUAAAUCUUUCUAUUGGUGUGUCUGAGCUAAUGUAGGUUAGACAGAAGUCAGACGGGACGCGCUUUAGAGAUCCAACUGAGAGCAGACAACUUCUCUCCGAAAAUCAUCAUCUUAAUUGUUUUACAAGCAUUUUCUGUUUCUGUGUGCGAUGUUUGUUUGUGUUUUACCCUCUCUGAGAUGUUUCUGUAUUAUACUGUACCGAGCCAACUUUAGAUUUCUCCAAGUGUUUAAUCUACAGGGACCUUUGGAAAAGAACAAUGUUUGAAUAGUAUGGAGUGGAAAACUGUUCAAAGCUCAACUUGUAAUAAAAAAGAUAUCAAACUGUG